GGAUCACACACAGAUAACUAUCCAAUCAUCACAAGAGAAACCUCCUAUAAUUAAUCAAGUAUGUCCUUCCUUCAUUAUUUCUUGACUUUCACUCCUUUUAUCACAGACCCAAUGUUCUCCCAUUCAUACAAGGAGACUGAAACUGGUAAUCCUUCCAACUUCUCUGUCAUCCUUUGGCCGGGCCAUCAAUUCCUCCAUGUUCAGACGACUGAUCUGAGCUGAAAUCUCAUUGGACGGACCAUUUUAUCAUAGAUUGAUAGAGAAAAAAAGUUUUGUGCCCCAAUGUUUGCGGCCAAAGCUGUGAGACGGCCAUCAGGACAAGACCUCUGGAACCAGAUCAGUCCUCAGCACCAUCUGCUGGUUUGGUCUGGUCUAGGUUUUUCUCCUUUCUGUCACUGAUGGAGUUUUGGUUCCUUUCUGCUGUUUCCUCUUAGUUUGGGACACUUAAUAAUGCAGUUUUAAUGCAGUACGAUCCUUUACUUACAACACAGUUUCUUUACAGUAUAGAGUAUAACCUCAUAUCGGUUGGUAUUCAGUCUUCUGACAAAAGACAUGUUCAGCUGUGCUGCUUCUCAAAUACGUCUGGGGUUUAAACAAAGUCUUUCGUUCUCUGCUGAGGUGGUGAGUAGAGUCAGGUGAGAAGGAGCGGGACAUGGACGGGUUUGAGAAGCAAUGCCCUACACAGUCCUCAAAAAUACAGCACAUGUGAGUAGUACUUAGUCGCAAACUCAUUUAACAUUUGCAAACGUGAGGGAGUGCUAUGUACAGUAUUUACAGUACUCAGAAUAGUCAGUGUUUUGUGUACUGUAGUUAUACUGUAUGUGUGGUAUAACAGCUCUCUCUCUCUCUUUGGAUGCUUAUUCAAAACACACCUGCGCUUUUAUUUAUGUUACCUGAUUAGAUUCUGAUUGGUGUAUCAGCAGGGUGGAUAUAGUUUGCUAUUUGAGUUGAUAUUCUGAUGCUUGAGGUAAUUUUAGUAAUUACAAUAAUUUCAGUAUGUGCCUGUUUUCUGAAAAAGAACACAAUUAAACCUACGGAAAAUGAGAGCAUUUUUACUGACAGCUUCGGAAAAAAUCGGAAAGUGUAAACAGCCAAAACGUGUUUAAGAUAUUAAAAUCACCAAAUAAAAAGAUGCGUACAAACAAGACUUUUAUUUUGACGCGCGGUGACGUCAUAGCGCCGCGCCGGUGUGUUGUGAUUCGGCGGAGAGGUUUGUGAAAUGUAAACCGAGUCCUGGCUGCUUUUCCACACGUAACAUCUCAGAUUCGGGCAGAGUGUUGAAUGCACUGUUUUGUGUGAAUGGCGCCACAUCACUGAGUGAAUAAAUCAUGUGUAAAGCGCUUAAACACGAGCUUCAGAGAGACUCUCAGCAUCCUAAAACAAGAAGAACCUGCAGCUGAAAGACAUCGUCGUGACGCGAUAUUAUAAACAUGGCGUUUAUUAAAGAAGAAAAUGAAGAAAUGGGGAUUUCAGAUCCAUGCAGAGCGAAAGAUGAAGAUACCGAGGAGAAAAUAGACCGGACGCAGCGGAAAGAGGAGAGCGAAGAACCGAACGAAGAGGACGAGAACCAUCGUGAUUUCACAAGUGGAGAAAAGUCCUUGAGUUGCAGCACAGACACCGGGAAGAAUCUCUCAGUAAAAAGACUUGAGAAAGCAGGCCCUGAAAGCUCCUUCUCUUGCCACGAAUGUGGAAAGAGUUUCUCGCGUGAAAGAUGCUUUCGGAGCCACACGAGGAUCCACAGCGGUGCGAGCGCGCUCACCUGCCAGCAGUGCGGAAAACACUUCCUGAAGGAAGGAGACCUUGUUAUCCACUCGAGGACUCACAGCGGAGAGCGGCCCUUCGUCUGCCCGCAGUGCGGGAAGAGCUUCUCCCAACGAGGAAAUCUGAAGUGUCACAUAAGAGUUCACACGGGAGAGACGCCCUACGCCUGUCUUCGGUGCGGGAAGCGUUUCGCUCAGCAGAGACAGCUGAAGAGUCACCUGCGGCUUUACUGUGGAGACGUCCUGCAGUGUUCGGAGUGCGGCAAGAGGUUCGCGGACAAGCUCAACUUCUUCAAUCACCUGCGCAUUCACCCCGGAGAAAGACUGUUUCACUGCGGCCUCUGCAGCAGAAAGUUCCUUCUGAAGUCGCACUUGGAGAUACACAUGAAGAGCCACGCCGAGGAGAGGACUUAUCCGUGCUCUUUGUGCGGCGAGGGUUUUAAAGGCCUGGGUAAUUUGGAGUCACACCAGAAGAUGCACGCCGGGGCGAGCCGCUCGAGACAGACGCCACGAAUCCAUCCCGACGAGUCGAACAGAGCAGAGACUGCUUCAGAAACACAAGCAGGAGAGGAGCUGUACCGCUGCUCUUUGUGUGGCUUGAGCUUCCACACGGCAAUUUUUUUAUUGGCUCAUAAAAAAAGGCACUCUCAGAAAUGAGUAAAGAGCAAAUCUCCAGGUGAAUGGAGUGGAAAUGAGAUGCACUAACAUGAGGAGAAAAGGUCAUGUUCUGCAUGGCAUCUGAACCUGUGUGACUUUAGUUUGAAGGGGUGUAUUUUGCUGGUGGUGAAUCGUGGGUGUGUGACAUUAAUUAGGUGAAGUUAAUUAUGCUGCACACCUCACAGGCGUUAGCUACAGGCAUCCGAGAGAGAGAACCAACCCAAGAAAAAGAAACGAAAGAAACGUUGGCCGAGGGAGUGCUUUAGGACUCUGAAGCUUUGUUUUGAUCAUUGAUCUGAAUUACAUUCAUAGUUUUGACAAAAACAUGACUUGCAUGAAUUGCACAAAAUCCAAAUAAUACACACAUCGUUCCUAGAAUGUUUAAUUUAUGUCUUUUGGAAAUUGGUUCAUAAUCUACUCAAUUAUUCACAGUAAAAUAGUUUUUUAAGAGGAGUGUCCAAAACUAUUGCAUGCCACUUUAUCUCAUCAGUGAUAAGAUUGAUGACACAAGUCCAAUUUUUUUGGACUCAAAUAUUCAGUACAACUAGAGAAUCUGUCUCUAUUAUAGUAGUGCUUUAUGACUGAAUACUUUAAAAUAAAAAACUGAUAGCCCUAUGGGUAGCGUGUUCAUAUUUUAGUUGACAUGCAUGUGAGGGCAAACACUUC